AUUCUGGUACAGUGCCGGGUGCCGUUGGGUUUAGUCUGAUAUGUUGUUGCUGCGUCAGAGGUUUGUUUCUUUUGCACGAACAUUUCGUUCACUUGUUCUUUCGAGACAGUUACCCCAGCAACGUUAUAAGCCUAUGUCGAAGCUACCUUGGCAGUGAUUCAGUGACCAGGCUUGGAAAGACAAUGCAGCAAUGGCAGAAUAAAUAACAAGAAAGGACAGGUCGAGAAUGAAUCAAGCUACUGCAGUGGUCCCGUAAUCUGUAUAGCCACACUGCAGUUUUCACGUUCAGCAGAGCAAACGACAUCUAGACUAGCUCUUCUGUAUUUACAACAUGCGAUACUAGUGCAUCCACUGGACAUUGUUAAAUAUAGAACAGCCAUGUUUUACUUCUUUCAAGCUUGCUGUCUACAUACACUUUUAGUACACAGAAUCACUGGGGCUGAAGUAACAGAAACUGGCACAAAUACAAGCAGACCCCUAAGCUCUGUUGUUGCCAGCAGACCUUGCCGGAUUUCCUACGUUUUAAUGGAACAUAACGGAACCUCCGUGGCGAAAGACUGCAUAUGCGAAGAGCCAACUGUAGGCCGCCCCAUGAACGACGUCUUUCGGCGUAGUCAUGCCAACGGCGGUUCCCACGGUGUGAACUCUUUGUCAACUGGUUGGGUGGAAGGAACUGGCCCCGUACCGAAUGGAACAUUAUGCAUGGUUUCAGUGCACGACAGCGGAAAUGGACGAGCUAUCGUCGCGGGUGUCUGUCAUGGCGGAAAAUGCGACAACAAAAACACCACUACUGUGAAAGUUGCAAUCCCCCAACUGGCGGCUGAUCCAUAUGCCUAUCACUGCAAGGGCCCUACGUAUGCGAUGAAUUCACAGCUGAAUGUUUUCAGCUAGCUGCACUGCAAGUUGUUAUAACCGGACCACGGAAAAGUGGUUCAAUGCAAGUCUGGGUGACGGAAGAUUGUGUGCUCUUGUCAUCAAUGGAAGCAAAGAUGGAGAAUACACCAAGAGAACUGGAGUCUGCAUCAAGGGAUCUUGCGUUCCUGCAGACGUGAAACCACUAAAUCCACCUGACGACUGUCCGGCAAAGUUCACCAAAAGAAGUGGCGUUGUAAGUAUUGUGACGCAGUAUGGAAAUU